AUGGUGAAACUGGUACCGCGUUCUAAACAGUCGUCGUACUUUGUGUUGCUGGCCAUAGCAAUACUCGGUCUUGUCUAUUGCAUUUACCGGUCCCAGUCCGGAUAUUCGGGAAAUCAAUUAGAAGUGUCGUUGAAACACCAGAGGUUUGGUGUUGUUACGGAGGACGGAAUAAUACAGGCCGAUCUUGUUGAAGAGUUGGACGAGGAGAACAACUAUCUCAAGCAAAGGGCCAGGGGCGCCAAGAAGACGAGCUCCAAAGAACAACUCAAGUCAAAAGUUCUGGAGUCUCGGUUACAACGACAACGGGAAAGGAAAAAGGCAAGGUUGGCCAAAAAGGUUGACUCUAAGAACCUGGUUGGAAUUAGAAAUAUUCAACAUGGGAGAGCCUCGACGUUGGAGGAAGGCCGCAAGAAAGAGAGGGAAACCCAGGUCCAAGACCAACGAGUGGAUGACUACAUUAAAGACGGCGAACCUUUUGAUCGUCUGUCUGGCAUGACGUCUAGAGCUAGAAAGUUGUUUCUCCGUAAGGUAGCCCAAAGGAAACAACAAUUGGAUAAGGAAACUAAAGCCUGA